GAGUGGCCCAGGCCUAUGUGAAUCAACGGAAGCUGGAUAAUGAGGUAAAAACUCUGCAGAUCCAAGCAGCCCAGUUUGCCAAGCAGACUCAGCAGUGGCUUGGUAUGGUGGACAACUUUAACCAGGCACUAAAGAUUCAUGUUGCUGUACCUCCUCUGCGUUGCUUUCUUCCUUGUCAUUGGAUGGUUUAUCAAGGAUCGCCAAAAGAUCCAGGAUGUCAAAGACAAGUACGUCCUCAUCACUGGUUGUGACACAGGUUUUGGCAACCUUCUGGCAAAGUGCUUGGACCGAAAGGGAUUCCGUGUCCUUGCUGGCUGCCUGACGCAAAAGGGGGUGGACUCCAUGCACAGGUGCAGCUCAUCCAGACUGAAGGCCAUCCUACUCGAUGUGGCUGACAGCACCAGCAUCCAGAAAACAGCUGAAUGGGUCCAGGAAGAGCUUGGAGAGAAAGGUCUCUGGGGAUUGGUCAACAAUGCAGGCAGAUCUACUCCAAUUGGUCCAACAGAAUGGAUGGAGAUGGAGGAUUAUUAUAAAGUCUUGAAUGUGAAUCUGCUGGGAUUGAUGGAAGUGACACUCACCUUCCUUCCAUUGGUCAAGAAGGCCAGGGGCCGGAUUGUGAAUGUGGCCAGUGUUUUGGGCAGGAUAUCGUUUCUGGGAGGUGGAUACUGCCUCUCCAAGAAUGGAGUAGAAUCUUUCUCUGACAGUUUGAGACGGGACAUACAAAGCUUUGGUGUCCAGGUUAGUAUUAUUGAGCCUGGAUUCUUCAGGACAGCUGUGACAAAUCUGGAGACCAUUGAAAGUGACCUGCAGAGACUGUGGGGCAAGCUGUCUGAUGAAGUUCGCGAGAGUUACGGACAGAAAUACUUUGAAAAUUAUUUGAAGGUCCAGAAGUUUUCCAUGAACAUCCUCUGUGACAGUGACCUGUCAAAAGUCACCAACUGCAUGGAGCAUGCGCUCACUGCCCAAUACCCCCGCACGCGGUACGCAGCUGGAUGGGACGCCAAGUUGGUGUGGAUUCCACUUUCAUACAUGCCGACAGUUGUUUGUGACUUCCUGCUCUCUAACUUGAUUCCGAAGCCUUUAUCGGACAUCCAGUAGGUGGGGUUGAAAGUCAGCCUUCAGACUGGGAUGAAGGGAUGGGGCUUUCCCGAUUCCCACCAUUUCCAGAGCUUUCACUUGUUAGUUUCUCUCCUGUCAUAUCCCUUCCCCAGCUCUCCAAGUCCAAGAAACUGGAUCACUGGCAUCAUACCUGAGGCCAUUGAGUGAGCAGAUCAACAACACUGUUGUCUAACCCCCCCCCCCCAAAAUUAAGUCACCACCACCCCCCCCAUGUUUUGUAGGUGAGAGAUGUAGGUGUAGCCUGAUCAGUCCUUAGGAGUGCUAAAUGUUACUCUGUCAUUGCUAUAUUGACCUAUUCACUAGAUCUUGUGACAGCCACUCCCAUUGGGAAGAGACCACCAUGGCUGUUGGUUUCAAGGCCUCCCCUUGCAUUUACCUGAGACAUCUCUUGAAAGUCAUGCUGGAACUAUUCAUUAAACACAAUAGGAGCAGGCGAAGGCCUCCAGUUCCCUCCAGCCUGUCCCACCAUUGACCUAAUCAUGUUUGAUCUAUGCAGGCCUCAAACCCUUCUCUGUGCUGCUUCCCCAUAACCCUCAAUUCAAAACUUACUUAACCCCCACCUUAAAUACUGUAUAUUCACUGACUGAGCUACCACCACCCCCUGUGGGGUAGAGAAUUGGAGAGAUUCCCCAUUCUCCAAGAAGAAAUUUCUACACACCUGCCCUUAUUUUUGAGUUGGCUGAAAACAUCUCAAUAUCAAUCCUGUCAUGCCCCAAUUGUGAGAGGGUUGAAAGUGGGAAAAAGUUCCAGUCUUGUUCACUUAGGCAUACAUAUUGACAAUGUGAACAAUAGUCAGCAAGGUGCCUGUUGGCAAGUGUUCUCUAGAAUCUACAACCAAAGCAGAAAAUGUAAUGUAGCUUCAGCAAAAAAAUCGAGCCAAUAAUCUUAUCUGAACUGAAAAAAAUAAAUAGCUCCUUGGAUAACUGGCCUUGUUUGCACUGUGCAACUUGAGAUGUUCGUACUGAGACAUUCAGAUCAGUGAAAGAUCAAUGAGUCAAAAAAAACUGCAGAUUCUGCAAAUCUAAAAUAAAGCCAGAAACUGCUGGCAACUCUCAACAGGUCAAGCACAGCGAGAGAAACAGUUAACAUUUCAGGUUGGAGAUCCUUUGUCUGAACUGGGAAAGAAAGGAAACUGUUUUGGUUUUCUUUUUCCCAUUUUUGAUGAAGCUUUAACUGUUUCUCCCUCCACAGAUGCAGCCUGACCCGCUGUGUUUCCAGCAUUUUCUGGUUUAUUUGCCCAGGAUUGAUCCCUAGACUGGUCAUGGGGAUUUAUAAGCAAUGUUGGUAACCCUGGGUUGGGGGGGUGGGGGGGGGAGUAAAUCAGCCAGCUUAUCUACUUGUUGAUUAACUAGCCGGCAAUCCACAGUGAAACUGCAGGUAGAGACACCAAGACCUGGUUCCUUAAUUGAUUGUUCAGUGAAAAUGCUCCCAAUGCUCUCAGAUGGCAAAGUGCUGGAAGAAACCCUGUAAGGGGAGUCUGCCUAUGCCUCCAGGACAUGGUACAAUUGGUGAGUGUGGGGGAGGGAGUGAAACAUAUUAUCUCUGUAAAACACGCUAAUCAUAUUGUUAUUAAUUAUGAUGAUAAUUUUGGCUAACUAUAGCUAAGCUGAGAAUACCUGUAUCAAUACAAUAAAAUUUUCUAGCACUC